UAUCUUUAUCGUGAUACUACUAAACUAGUCAAAAAUCAAAACCAUAAUAAUAUACCUACCUAAUAUAAUAUUGUUAUGUUUCACAUUUCUUUUAUUUCUAUUUUCUAUUAAAAAACUAAAGUUGAUUGUUGAAUGUUGAUGUAUUGAUAAUCAUUCGCCAACCACUAGGUAUUAUGUGCAAUUAAUAAUUUCUGAAAUAUUAAUUUAAUAAUUGUAAUAAAUUAUAUAUACAUUUAUUGUGACAAACUUAAAAUGACCUUUACUGUGUUGAUGGCCAGAAAUGUUCAAAAAUGUUUCAAAUUUAUAACGGGUCCACAGACUACCAGAAAAAUGUCAUCAAAAUUGGCCGAGGAAGACUUAAAAGUAACUGAUGAUUGUGUAAAACGUCUUGAAGCUAUUUGUGACAAAGAUGAAUUCCUCCGUCUUUGUGUUGAAAGCGGUGGCUGUUCUGGAUAUCAAUACAAGUUUGAAUUAGAUAGAACUAUUGCAAACGAUGAUUGUGUAUUAGAAAAUCAAGGUAUUAAGGUAGUGGUGGAUACAACUUCAUUAAACUAUAUCAGAGGAUCGACAAUUGACUAUGAACAACAGUUAAUCAGAGCUGCUUUUAGAUUAAUAAGAAAUCCAAAAGCAGAGGAUGGAUGUUCUUGUGGCGCGUCAUUUUCAAUAAAAAUAGACUGAUUAUAUUUUGGUUACUUAUGUAUUUAGUGUAAAUAAUAUUAUAAUUAUUGUUGAAUUUUGUUGUGGUUUUAAUAUUAAAAAAUAGUAUUUUUCAAAUGUAUACAUCACCAUUUUUUUUCCUUCGUGCUUAAACUAUUAAUACUAAAAUUAAUAAUUAUGAACUUUACUGUAUUUAUGAUGUGAAUAUAUUAUCAUAUAACACACCUUUUAAUAGUA